GGCACGAGCACGCGACCUCCGACUCCAACAAAUUGUUUCCGCCCCCGCCCAACAGGCCCGAGCUCCCGCCUAGGGUUUGCCCCGCUUCCGCCUCCACAAACCAAGCCCUAACCCUAGAGCACCGCGCAAUGGCCAUGGAUCCCGACGGCGACCCGGCGUUCCACCGCAGCGAGGCCAUCUCCGCCGUCCAGGACGUCGACCAGUACUACGGCGACGACGACGACUUCGACGACCUCUACAACGACGUCAACGUCGGCGACGGGUUCUUCAACUCCUCCUCCCACCAGCCCCCGCCCCUGCCCCUGAAUACCCUCCCGCCGCCGCAGCAGAACCAACCCCACCAGCUCCCGCCGCCUCCCCAGCCGCAUCAGAACCAUCUUCCGCCACCUCCCCAGCCGCACCAGAACCAUCUCCCGCCGCCUCCCCAGCCGCAGCAACAGCAUAUGCCGGUCCCCCACUCCCUCCCUACCCCACCACGGCAGGCCCCGCCGCCGCAGCAGAAGGUCCAUGUCCCAAUUCCUAAUCUCCCGCCUCCACCGCAGCCGCCUGUGGCAUCUGCACCGCCGCCUCCGCACCAGCAGAUCCAGCAAGGAGGCGACGGGUUCCAUCGCCAAGGAGGCAACUUCAGUGGCGGCCCCAUUGUGGUCGGUAACGGUGGUGCAGGUGGCGGGGGUGAUGGCCCUGGCGGGAUGACGCUGUUUGUGGGGGACCUCCACUGGUGGACGACAGAUGCGGAUCUUGAGGCGGAGCUCAGCAAGUACGGGUUGGUCAAGGAAGUGAGGUUUUUCGAUGAGAAGGCAAGCGGGAAAUCCAAGGGGUACUGCCAAGUUGACUUCUUUGACCAUGUCGCCGUCUCUGCCUGCAAGGAAGGUAUGAACGGACACCUCUUUCAUGGCCGUCCAUGUGUUGUUGCAUACGCCUCACCAAGCAAUGUGCGGCGUAUGGGUGAGUCACAGAUGAAGAACCAGCAGCCCGUGGCACCACAGCCCCUGCCAAUGCAGCCAAAGAGCGGGAGAGGGAACGGUAAUGCCAGUGCCCCUCAGGCGGGUGGUAAUUAUGGUGCUGGCCGUGGAGGACCCACUGGUACUGGCGGUGGAGGAAAUUGGGGAAGAGGUAAUGCAGGGUUGGGGAACAGAGGCCCUGUUGGGGGUAUGAGGAAUCGGAUGGGACAAACAAGCGGCCGAGGAAUCAUGGGAAACGGAGGCAUGGCUCCACCACAUCCACCACCAAUGCUGCCUCAAGGAAUAAUGGGGCAGGGUUUUGAUCCAGCUUUUGGCCCAAUGGGAAGGAUGGGUAAUGGGUUUGGUUUUCCGGGACCAGGUCCAGCGUUUCCUGGGAUGAUGCAGCCAUUCCCACCAGUAGUCGCACCACAUUUGAACCCUGCUUUCUUUGGAAGGGGUGGGAUGGGGGCUGGUAGUGUUGGAAUGUGGCCUGAUCCCAACAUGGGGAGUUGGGGUGGGGAGGAACAAUCAAGUUAUGGGGAUGAUGCAGCAUCUGAUCAGCAGUAUGGCGAAGGGGGAAGCCAUGGGAAGGAGAGACUGCCCGAGAGGGACUGGUCUGGUCCACCAGACAGGAGGCAGGAGAGGGAGAAGGACAUGCCCCCAGCACAGCCUGAGAGGAGGCACCGUGAUGAGCGGGACAUGGGCCGAGAAAGGGAUCGUGACUAUGAAAGAGAGAGGGAGAAAGAUCGUGACAGGGAGAGAGAAAGAGACCGGGAAAGAGAGAAGGAAAGGGAUAGGCACAAGGAUGACAGAGACCGUCAUAGCGAUCAUCACAGGCACAGGGACCGUGAUCCUGAGCGCAAUGGAGACUGGAACAGGGGAAGGUCAUCUGGGAUGCACAGCAGGUCGAGAGAUGUCGACCAUUCUAAGCGUAGGCGGAUGACACCUGAGUAGUGUAGCUGGCUGAAGUACAUCUACUGGAGGCAACUACAAUCCAGGACUACAUUUUUUGCGCAUGAUCGGUAUGUCCGGUUGGAAUUCGUCUUCGGCUAUGUGAAGAUCUUCUCAGGAUGAUUUUUGCUGUCUCUCACUUUGCUUGCCAUAAAUUAUCCGAGUAGCAUAAAGACACAAGUUUUCUCCUCGUACGUAAUGCCUGGUGUGGCUUGCCAAAUCAGUUGGAAUUUAUCUAGUAUCACGUACUUCUAUCUAUGCAGUAGGAUGAUCGCCUGGUUUGUAUCACAGCCAUGUUUUGUUUACUUUUCUCGUGCCUGCUGACGGUGGACAAAUGAUGAUUCCAGCGUCCUUCCGGUUUGUCUGUCCAUGGAGAUGCUGUGGAUGCAUGGUUGCUCUCUAGUAUUGUUAUUUUGGCAACAGCUUCUUGGCUGGAAUGCACCUUCGCUUAUUUUCGGUCCUGGUUCCAAGGUUUAGUCGGUGUCCAGUUCUGUCAUCACUUAUCAGAUCCCGUGUAUAUUCUACAACAGUAUGGUUUACUAAAGUAA